AUGGCGGCGGCGCUGGCCCUGUCCCUGUCGCUGGCCCUGGCCUGCCUGCUGCUGCGGGGCGCGCUGCUGGGCGCGGCGGCGCUGGGCGCGGCGGGGGCCUGGGUCCCGCCGCAGGCUCCGCGCCGCCGGUACCCGCUGCCGCCGGCCCGCAGCGCUCUACCCGCCGGCCUGCCCGCCGCCCGCUGGGACGGCUGCUCGGCCAGGAGCGCGCCCUGGGUUCGCCGGGCCGGCCCGCUCCGCAGCCCCGUCACCGUCAGGAUCGCCCGCCCGGCCGCCGGGCUGGCCCGCUCCCCAGCCCUGGAGCAGCUGGUCUCACCUGUGUCUGUCCCGGCCAGCAGCGGCCUGGACCCCUGUGCAAAAGAGACUGUGCUGAAUGCCAUCAAGGAGAGCAGGAAGAGGGUGGUGGAGCAGGAGGAAGGGGAGGAGCAGGCUUUUGGGAAUGAUCAGGAAAGCAAAAGAAGGCGCCACGAUAGCAGUGGAAGUGGGCAGUCAGCAUUUGAGCCACUGGUAGCUAAUGGUGCUCCUGCCUCUCUCAUACCCAAGCCUGGCUCUCUGAAGAGGAGCCUUGUCUCACACUGUCCAGAUGACUGCUCAAACAAGAGGUCGCGCACCUCUUCCAUGAGCUCCCUCAACAACACGUACGCUGGCGGGAUCCCCAGCUCCAUCCGCAAUGCCAUCGCCAGCUCCUACAGCUCCAGCCGGGGCCUCUCGCAGCUCUGGAAGAGAAGUGGCAUGAGCAUGUCCCCGGCGUCCAGCCCAGCGUCCUCCCGCUCCCAGACGCCAGAGUGGCCUCUCAAGAAAGCCAGGGAAGAGGAGUUGCAUCACUCCAACACUUCCACUCCGGUGAAAUCGGACAAGGAGCUGCAGACAGAGAAAGCGAUGGAGACGCCCGUGCGGAAGAAGCAGAAUUCCCUGAGCCCGCCAUCCGCGUCGGGGAGCAGCGGGAAGCGCAAGCGGAAGAUCCAGUUGCUGUCGUCUCACCGAGGGGACCAGCUGGCACUGCCCCCACCGCCUCAGCUGGGCUACUCCAUCACGUCGGAGGACCUGGAUGCGGAGAAGAAGGCAGCAUUGCAGUGGUUAAACAAAGUCUUGGAGGAUAAGGCCGAUGCCAUCCCCAGCACCACUGCAGAGACUACGCCUGUGUCUAGGCUGCUGGCAUUCGCCGUGACCUCCCCGACACCUGCACCUGCCUCGACAGCUCCUGCCCUGGCCAGCACCAGCUCGCUCCUGGACAGCCUGAAGAAGAUGCAGAGCAGCCAGGCUGUGCCCGUGCCGGCAGACUCCACUGGAACUGCAGUAGCAUCCCAGCCACCUUCAUCAGCUGCCCAGCCGCCCACUCCUGUAUCGCUGGAGUUGAGUUCUCUGCCUGCCUCCUCUGCUGACACCAAGCCCGUGCCUGUGUUGAGCACACCUGCCCCGACUGCCCCCCCUGCCUUGGGGGUGCAGGCCCCCAGCAGCCUGGCAUCUCCUGCGUUCACGGAGCUGGGCCAGACCCCUAGCAAGCCUCCCUCUUUCCCAAAGCCAAGCACCCUUUUUGGGUUGCCGAACACCCCUCCUGCCAGCCAGCCGGCAAUAACCGCAGCCGCUGCUGUGCCCACCACGACCACUGCUGUGCCCACCACGACCCCUGUCUUCAAACCCAUCUUUGGUGCUUUGCAGAAGAGUGAGAGCACAGCACCCUGUACGGCUGUCAUCUCCACCACAGUCACAGUGUCUGCAAGCUCAGGCCCUUCCUUGACAUCCUCCUCCACCACCAUGUUCAAGCCUAUCUUCGGCAGCGUCACCACAGCUUCAUCUCCAGCGAAGGCCUCUCCUUUCGCCUUCAAACCAACAUCACAGCCAGCCCCAGCCUCAGAUCUGCCAGCAGCCUCCACGACUACCCUGGCAGGAUUCACAGGUCUCCCUAAUGUCAUCUUCACCACUGCAGCUACGACUGCCACCACGCAGAGUUCCUCCACAGAUGCCACCAUUAAGCCUGUCUUCAGCUUCGGACUCAAUCCUCCCACAUCCACUGGCCCCACCGCCAGCCUGACCAUCACUGCUGCCACAUCCACCAGCACGUCGCAGCCCUUCCUGUUUGGGAGCCUGGCCAGCUCAGCUCCCAGCACAGAAACCAGCUUUGCCACCCCAGGGCCUGUGUUCCAGUUUGGAAAGCCACCUCCAGCCACGGUCACUGCCACCACCAGUGUCCCAGGAGGCCCUGCCUUUGGCCAGGCACCUUCAAACUCGACGGCUCCUACCACCACUGUGGGCUUUAGCAUGUUUGGGGGCACCACGCUGACCUCUUCUACCCCAGCCACCACAGGGCAAGCGACGCUGACGUUUGGCUCCUCCGUUUCAGCUUUUGGCAGUUCCUUCAGCACGAGCACGAAGCCACUGCCACCGUACCCCAGCACAGCAAGUCAGCCCGCCUUCAGUGCCGGUGCUGCGGAGAGCCAGCCGCCUGCCAGCAAGCCUGCUGCUGGCCCCGUCAGCUUUGGGCCCUCGUUCAGUUUUGGAGCGCCCACAGCCCAGUCCGCUGCUCAGCCGGCAUUCGGCAGCGGUGCUCAGCCAGCCUUUGGCACGACCAGCGCCCAGGGCUCCUUUGGCCCCAGCGGCACCCAGGUGGCAUUUGGGACCACUACAUCGGUCUUCUCUUUUGGGACAGCCACUUCCACCACCACCAGCUUCGGUUCCACCACCCAAACCACGAGCAGCAGCACCGGCACCACUGUCUUUGGCACCACCUCUUCUCCUUUCACCUUUGGGGCGACCGCCCAGCCAGGCCCCUCUACCAGCGCCUUUGGGAUUGGCACGCCCACCCUGAACAGCGGCUCCCCUGCCGUGGCAUUCAAUUUUGGGGCUGGGCAGAGCGGGGCAGCCCUAGCAGCAACGCCGUUUGGCUCUUCCCUGACGCAGAGCGUGCUGGGUGCGCAGAAUCAGAGCACGCCCUUCGCCUUCACCGUGCCCAGCACGCCCAACAAGCAGCCAGUGUUCGGAGUAACUCCUGCGCCCGCCUUUGGGCAAAGCACACCUGUCCUGGGAGCAGUGGGCAGCGGAAGCAGUAGCCUUUCCUUCGGGACACCCAGCACUCCUGCUUCAGGCUUCGGAGGAGUCGGCACUUGCUUUGGUUCAUCCACCCCCACCUUUUCCAUCGGGGCAGGAUCCAAGACAGGUGCUCGCCAGCGACUGCAGGCACGGAGACAGCACACCCGCAAAAAGUAACCUCCGGGGCUGCUGGGUCCCCACUGCUGGGCUGCACAAGGAGCCCCUGCACGCUCACGGGGGCUCUCUGGUCUAGAGUGGUCCCAGUGUUAGGACCAGUGGUGGUGGGGCCAGGCCCACAUCUCUAAUGCCAGCCGGAGACCGUGCUGGGUGGCAGUGACCAAGGGUGGGACGGGAUAAACCAAACUCUUCUUACUUGAACAGUUCCACAGCCAAGGCUGGAUGAACCUCUGUACAUAUCUGCAGCGUUUCCUCCCUCACUUUAUUUUGCCAUGUUUCAUAAUGUGUAAAUUUUUCCCCAUUUGCUUCUUGUAGCUGUUCUGUGCCCUCCUCCCCGGCGCCCUGCCCCGCAGCGUGGCAGGCAGUAGAGCUGCGCGUCCCCGCUCCGAGACGCCCUGUGUUCCUGCUGGCUGCGGCUCCAGGCUGCUGAGGGAUGCCAUCUUCACCAGGUCCUCAAAUCUUUCCCCAUUGUUUAAUCCCAUGGCCUGGUGAACACGCUCCCUCUGGAGCGCUCUUCUUCGUUGCCAUCCCUGCGGAGCACGAGCCAGGGCUAGUGCCAGCCUGGCACGGGCAUCUUGGUGCCACGGGUGCAGCCGGGUGAUGGCCCCCUCGCUGUGACUUCAGGGUGCACUGCAGCUUGCCACCUCAGCAGGAGGCGUGGGCUGGGGAUGGGGGGGGUCUCCCCACCCCCUCCCGGCCACCGAGUAGUGCCCCUGCCCCUCGCUGCUCCUUGCUGGGCUCCCCCCACCCUGCUCGUGUAAAGCCCCCUCUGUUUUGCUUUAUUUGUGCUCCCGCUUCGAUGCGCUCAUUGAAUCGAGUUUGGAGGAAGAACUGAACCGUGUGCGUGGCGGCAUGUUGGUUAUGCCGGAUUUGCUGUUUGGAGUUUCUUUUUUGGGUGGGCGUCCGUCCCUUGGCGGGGGACGCGCCCUGGCUAAUUGGGUGUUGACAGUAGCAUCACUGCGUGGCUACUCGUGCUGGGUGAGUUGUCCCUUAGUCGCUGUGACUGAAAGGCAGGCAGCUGGGGGGGGGGAUGCAGCCUGGACCCCCCCGGCAUGGGGACUCCAGCCCUGGCAGUCUCCCCUCCCUUCCCCUCUCCUGGUGCCCCUUCCCCACCUUGGGGUGCUCUGAAGCUGUUAGUGGAAGGAGUUCCAGGUUUGGAUGGGUUCUACCCCCCACCACCCCUCCAUAUCCAAAUUGUUUUUCAGUUUUAGCUCAUCCCCAUCCUUUUGGGUUUUACCAGCUCCUAGGAGCUAUGGUGCUGCCUCCCCUCUUCCCAUCCAACCAGGAGCAGGCCCCUUCCCUUGCCUGGGAGCUCCUACAGGAAGAGAUUGCUGGAGCUGGGGGUUCCCCGAGAGCUGCCCCCCUCCCUGCCCUGGGCGAGGGAUGGGCACCCGUGCCCGUGGGCUCCUCACCACUUCCAGGAGUGCAUUGCUGAUGGGUUUUUUACUCUCCGAGCCGUGUGAGUGUGUGUGUCUGCCGAAGUCUAAAUUAAAAAAAAAAAAAAAAAAAAAAAAAAAA